GGGCGCUGUAGCUCCGCAGUUUUUCAGGGAACCUUGUGUGUGGGUGUUCCGUGGUUUGGAAACUGACCCAAGAGAGUGGGGCUGAAAAGAAUGCCAGGCUGCUUGCUUGGAUCAGAAAGGUGAUUUGAAUGCACUGGAUGGGGCCUGAACAAGUGGAAGUAAACACAGACUCACUGUCCGGGAAAGGGAGACCAAAGCUGCAGCCCCUUUGACUGUUCACCCCUGGAGGCCCCGCACAAACCAGGAGAUGCCUGGGCUUCCUGAUGCUGUGAUGAGGUUCAGCUUCCUCUGCUGUAUGGCCCUUUGUCUCUUAGAAACAGGCUCUGUGGAUGCGGGAGUCGUGCAAACCCCAAGAUACCUCAUUCAAGUUAAAGGACAACAAACAACACUGAGAUGCUCCCUUAUCUCUGGACACCUCUCUGUGUCCUGGUAUCAACAGAAGCUGGACCAGGGUCCCCAGUUCCUCUUUCAAUAUUACAACGGUGAAGAGAGAGAGAAAGGAAACAAUCUCGAUCGAUUCUCAGUACAGCAGUUCAAGAACUCUACCGCUGAACUCACCCUGAGGGCCUUGGAGCUGGGGGACUCGGCUCUCUUUCUCUGUGCCAGCAGCGUGGCACAGCGCUGCAUGGUCCCCAACCUUCUGUACAAAAACAUUUCUCUCCAAUCGGGACGUGACCGGGAAAGCAGGUCUGCCGGGCAGCCUGGCUCAGGCCCUGGGAAGCUCACAGGCCUUUCCCAGAUAUUUGCUGCUGCCGCCGGCAUGCGUGAUUGUUUGAUGCUCACAGAACUGGCGCCAGUUAAGUGUCAUUUUACCUAUCUGUGUAUCUGCAAGAAAGCAACUUUCCCAGAGCUCAUAUUCCGUAGCUGGCUAAUACCUGUUCCGCUCACACGUGUGCACCCUCUCACCAUUCACCUAGCAGAUCUGUCCCCUCCUCUGACUUCCCCUUCGCAGAUCCAAAUGAAUAGGAAGGGCAUGUUAUGUACCGCAUAUGAUUAUUACGAGCUGCUUCCUGACAAGUCCAAGAAACAUACAACUUCAAGGCCAAAUGUAUUCAUGGACCCUUCACUGUGAUGAGAAAGAAAGAUACACUGUACUGCACUAUGGUCUUCUUGCCACAGUACAGAGAGGGCCAUGUGAUCUUUUGGAUGGCAGCCUGUAGCAGUGUGGUUUUGAAGCUGCAGAACAAAAGGGUGGGGGUAUUUGUUAGGGAAAGUGCACUUUUCCUGUGCAGGACUUCAGGAAUCACAGGGAAAGAAUGUGACCAUUGUCACUCACUAACUUCUUUUAUUCUUUUAUUUAGCAAACAUUUUUAGGUCCCCUACUUUGUACAAGGCAUUGUUCACAGUAGAAAAUGGAAACCAGUGAAUUUCUUUGAAAAGAGAGAAAACAAAGAAAAUAGAAAAAAUUUGAGUUAUCCAGAGUCAUUUCCUUAGUUUUUGAACUAUUCAAAUCAAAUUUUCUUUUUUCUUCUCUUUUUCUC